GAACCACAAUCAUCAGCCUUGACAGACUGAGCAGCCAGCAACCAUGGAGGUCCUUCUAGGUAUCACGGGCAAGGACUUCACCCUCAUCGCCGCCUCCAAAGCCGCCAUGCGAGGCGCCACCAUCCUCAAAGCCUCGGACGACAAGACCCGGGCACUAAACACGCACACGCUGAUGGCCUUUUCAGGCGAGGCUGGCGACACUGUCCAAUUCGCCGAGUUCAUCCAAGCAAACGUCCAGCUAUACUCGAUGCGCAACAACAUGGAGCUGUCGCCAGCUGCAACGGCCAACUUUGUCCGGGGAGAGCUUGCAUCAGCCCUGAGGUCACGGAAACCUUACACAGUAAACCUUCUUCUCGGCGGCUACGACACGAUUGCGGACAAGCCUACAUUAUACUGGAUUGACUACCUGGCGAGUCAAGCAUCGCUUCCUUAUGCGGCACAUGGCUAUGCUCAGUACUACUGCCUCUCCCUGCUCGAUAAGCACCACCACCCGGACAUCGACUACGAGCAAGGCCUCAAGAUCAUGCGCAUGUGCACCGAGGAGCUCAAGCGCCGUCUACCGAUUGAUUUCAAGGGUGUCAUGGUCAAGGCCAUAACAAAGGACGGCAUCAAGGAUGUAGAGUACGAGGAUGAUGUGAAGGUGGCAAUUCCAUAGAGGCUAUAGGGCUUGAGGGGGUCUAGAACACUUGACGGUACAGAAUCGGUAGCCGGCAUGGAAAAGGCACCGGCAAUGAUUGCCAUGUUCACGAAAUCAAGGCAUGACAGCUAUGCCAUCAAUUAAUGACAAUGAUGCAUC